AUGGGUUGUUGUGUAAGUAAAGAUUCAGAACCAGAGCACAAUGGUUACAGACAUCCGGGGACUGGUGGUGUGCACACCCAGAAGACUCAUGAACCUUUGGUCAACCAAUCAAGAGUACCUGCAAAUCAACCUUAUCAUAUACCUGAAAAGCAUGCUGCAUCCAGUGCUCAGACUGUGCCUCAGAUGCCGUGGAAGCCUUCUGGUACUGCCCCUAGUCCUAAACCUAUGGUUAGUGUUAAGCAAGAUACAAUUCUAGGGAAGCAGUUUGAGGACGUGAAACAGUUCUAUACACUUGGGAAGGAAUUGGGUAGAGGGCAAUUUGGGGUGACAUAUCUGUGCACUGAAAAUUCAACUGGGAUGAAGUAUGCCUGCAAGUCUAUUUCGAAGAGGAAACUUGUGAGCAAAUCUGAUAAGGAGGACAUAAAGAGGGAGAUUCAAAUUAUGCAGCAUUUGAGUGGUCAACCCAACAUUGUUGAGUUCAAAGGGGCUUAUGAGGAUAGGCAAUCAGUUCAUGUUGUGAUGGAGCUGUGUGAAGGUGGGGAGCUUUUCGAUAGGAUCAUUGCCAAGGGGCAUUACAGUGAGAGGGCUGCUGCUUCAAUAUGCAGACAAAUUGUAAAUGUUGUUAAUAUCUGCCAUUUCAUGGGUGUGAUGCAUAGGGAUCUGAAGCCAGAGAAUUUCUUGUUAUCUAGUAGGGAUGAAAAUGCACUUCUCAAAGCCACUGAUUUUGGUUUGUCUGUUUUCAUUGAAGAAGGAAAGGUAUAUCGGGAUAUAGUUGGUAGUGCUUACUAUGUUGCUCCUGAAGUUCUGAGGCGCAGAUGUGGGAAGGAAAUAGAUAUCUGGAGUGCAGGAGUCAUACUGUAUAUCUUACUAAGUGGAGUCCCUCCAUUUUGGGCUGAGUCUGAGAAGGGAAUAUUUGAUGCCAUAUUGGAAGGUCACAUUGAUUUUGACAGUCAACCCUGGCCUAAAAUUUCAAACAAUGCCAAGGAUCUUGUUCGAAAGAUGCUUAUACAGGAUCCAAAGAAACGCAUUACCUCUGCUCAAGUACUUGAGCACCCAUGGAUUAAAGAUGGAAAUGCUUCAGACAAGCCAAUAGACAGUGCAGUCCUUUCCAGAAUGAAGCAAUUCAGAGCAAUGAACAAACUAAAGAAACUUGCCCUAAAGGUCAUUGCUGAGAAUAUGUCUGGAGAAGAGAUCCAAGGUUUGAAGGCAAUGUUUACAAACAUGGACACUGACAAGAGUGGUACAAUCACCUAUGAAGAACUAAAGGCGGGAUUGCAAAGACUUGGCUCAAAGCUUACAGAGGCUGAAGUGAAGCAGCUUAUGGAUGCUGCUGAUGUAGAUGGAAAUGGCUCAAUUGACUACAUAGAAUUCAUCACUGCUACAAUGCAUAGACACAAGUUAGAAAGAGAUGACCAACUUUUCAAGGCCUUCCAAUAUUUUGAUAAAGACAACAGUGGGUAUAUUACAAGAGAUGAAUUGGAAUCAGCCAUGAAAGAAUAUGGUAUGGGUGAUGAUGCCACAAUCAAGGAAAUCAUAUCUGAAGUGGACACAAUUAUAUCUGAAGUGGAUACAGAUCAUGAUGGUAGAAUCAACUAUGAAGAAUUCUCUGCAAUGAUGAAGAGUGGAAACCAACAAGGCAAGCUAUUCUAA